GCUUUGCGUUAGCACUGUGAGCAGUAGCUCGUAACAAAGGUGGUGAAAGAAUAUUGUAUUCCAUCCUUGGAAUGUGGAUGGAAGUAGAUAUGGGCCUGCCUGUGUUCAAACCACCUUGUACUGUGACCCUGCUAGAAACUUCCUGCUAACAUCCUUGUAGCUUGCAGUCCCUGAUAACAUCAUGGCAUCCUUCACGUGAGGGAAAUGCUGAGCCCUACCUACCUUCUGCUACAUUCAUGCUUCUCUUCACUUUCCCUGCUGCCCGGCUUUGUAGGAUAAUCUUCUCUUCUUAUCCUUAGGCAAAGCACAGCCCUGCUGUUCUUGAGCUCAUUACGUUUCUGUUGCAAACAAAUACUAGUUCUUCCUUCUGUUGCUGUUCGUGGAUCAAAAGCAGUUUGAGAUUUUGGUGUUUUGAGGUACUGUGACCCUGAUGAUGUAUGAUGCUCUGGGAGUAGGGGAAUGAGAGGUAGACUUAGCACUGAAGAAGUGCUAGUGCCCCAGAGGCUGGGUAUCGUGCAGACAGUGCCCUGUUGUAUGGCCCUUUGCCAGCGUCCUCCAGAGGAGAACAUUAGGACUGGUGAAUUGCCAGCUCUUAGCUGUGCGUAUCUUUCUCCGGCUCCUUGAAAUCAGGAUAUGAUUUCAAGAUGGUAUAAAUCAACCGGUUACUUGAUAUAAUGGCAAAGUAAAACUGUAACAGGUGCCUGGGGAUAGCUCAUAUGCGUACCACUUCUAGCUCUCCUCCUCUGAAAGCCAUUCCCUUGCAUGGCAGAGACAUGCAUCUUCAUGCAAGGAAAUACCAAGGUUGUCCCUUUCAAAGAGGAACUUUCGGCUCCUAUUGCUGAGACAGAAUGCUCCUGAAGCUGUUUAUAACUGCAUGUUCCCUCAGCUUUGAAAAGAGCUAGCUGUCCGUGCCCUUCCUGGCUUUUUCUUCUGCUUGCACAUUAAAGCUUUUGUUUUUCAUGCUGUUGUUUUUAACCUGACAGUAACUUGAUCUCUCUUCACUUUUUUUUUCCCCUCCUCAUUCAAAAUUGUCAUAAGGGAAAUCUCUCCUCUUGCUCUUUUCUGUGUUCGAGUAACUGAUGGCUGCUUUGUGCCAGAGCAGCUGGGGUUCCUUAUGACAAGCUGAGAUGUCUCCCUGUCCAGCACCUCCUUCCUCAUUUCAGCUACACAUAAAUGUUCUGGGUGGGGAAGGUGGUUAAUAACGCUUUCCUCCCCUGCUGGCCUUUGUCUCCAAUUAGCCACUGCUCAAAGCACAUCUUUUCCUGCAGUGCAGAUCAGAUGGUAUGGGAAGGGAUACGUGACAGACGGCUCUUGGCGUCUCAGCCCACCCAGGGGUGGAUGAGCUCUCCACUCCCUGGCAGAGGAAUCCCUGGCAUGUGAGAACGGAGGUGGUUCCCAGGGAAGAAGUUUUUGAAGAGGACACAGCUUUAUUCUUUGCUUCCCUCCUUUUACGCAGGGAUAAGGAGUGGGUUCAUGUUCCCACUCCUUCACAAAGGCAACUGAGCAGUGAAAACUGCCUCCUGGGAACUGUCGGCAGUGGAACAGCAGAGGGUACUGCAGGGCCAGCUUGCUUUGGCAGAGCUGCAGGGCAGGCUGCGAUAACAGGGAGGCAGUGCAGCCAUGCAUGGGCUGAGGAGCUGCAGAGCUUGUGCUGAGCCUGGCGGACAGUGAUGUAUGCAAAUGUCAAGUGAGGAAAAAAAGCUCUGCUUCUCCAAACUGUGUGUCCUGCUAGGUUGACACGGCACACCAGCGCCUGGAAAGUGAAGCAGUUUGUUAAAUGUCAGGAGCAACAACUUCUGUUAGGGAGUUUCUCAUGGCAUGUGGAGCAUUGAGGCCAUCUGGGAAGAAGAUGAAGACCUGCUGAUCCUGACUCCUCCAGCACUUGUCCUGUGUGCUGGGCCAGCUCAGAGGAUGCUGGCAUUUGUGUCCCGUAGGAACUGGAGCCUUACUGGAUCAAGGCAGUCCUUCAUCUCACCUGAGCCUUGGUGAGCUGAUAUCCAGAGGUAACACCUUGCAGAAGUACAGGACGUUCAACUGGAGAGAGCUACACUAAUGUACCAGCAAGGGAUGUCUUCCAGCAGCCUCUGCUAGCUGUCUUUCCAGAUUCCUUGUAUUCUUCUCUUCCCCAUAUGUCAGGAUGGAGCAAAACUGGUGGUGUAGAAGGAAGAGGUGCCAGAUACUGCUUCUUGAGUAAGUGGUCCUACUGCUCCUAAAAGACAAUAACAAAGACUUUAAGAUAAGUAAAAUUCCCUGGGCACAAUGAGAUGCCCUUGGGUUUCUGUAGCCUCUUGCUUUAGCCCCAGGAAGAACGCCUGAGGAAGAGCAAGAUGGUCCUUUACAGCUUCAGAGAAGGGAACAGCACCAGGCCCUCCAUCAGUGGAUCACCACAGAGGUAGCUUUUUGUGAGGCCAUGGCCGUGGUGGGUCCCUCCACUGUGCUGUGUCAAAAUAUAUCAAAAGCAAACCCUGUAACUCUUCCAUUGGCUUCAGGCUUACAGUCUCUGUUUUUACGGUGAAAUAACCCCAUCAAUAAUGAAGUUGCCACAACCAGAAUGCAGGGGAUGGCGUUGGUGGAUUUCCUAAAAAUGUCACUAAAAAGGCAACAGCGAAGCUUCUGGGAGUGCUUGCUGCUGAACUGUAAGAUAUGAACGUGGACAACCCUUUUAUCAAAGUUCAUGUUGGAGCCCUCGGUAGGUGGCCAGAUAUGAUUUCCUUUGAGUGGUUGCCAUCUGCCUAAAUUUAUGGCUUUUCCCUUCAGCGUUAAGUUCUCCCCAGGUUAAUCAGUAAACAUGCCCUGUUGUAUUUCACUCAUUCCCUCUGGGUGGGCUGGACACUUCUCCACUCUGCUCCCAUCCAGGAUGCAUGUGGGCCAUGGAAAGUGCCCGGCUGGCAAAGGGGAGCACCCUGGCACGGGGCUGAGGGCUUGGGCUGCCUGUGAGUGCUGCGUGGGGUUUAUAAGCAAUGGCAUGGGAUGUGGCAUACCUGUCGUGGGGACCUUUGGCCGAGGGAGGAGACACUGAGACACAUGUGCAGGCAUCAUAACAUGGUGGGGAGCUGCCAUUGAGGAACGCAGUGGAACAUGUCGGGAGCGUGCUGGAUGAAGAUGAGACGCCAUAAGCUCUUUCUGACUCUCUGCAUGGCUGGUCUCUGCCUCAUCUCCUUCUUGCACUUCCUGAAGGCCCUUUCCUAUGUCACCUUCCCCCGGGACCUGGCUUCACUUAGCCCCAACCUCGUCUCCAGCUUCUUCUGGAACAAUGCCCCCGUCACGCCACAGGUUAGCCCUGAACCGGGGGGCGCGGAGUUCCUCCGCACACCCCUGUACUCCCACUCUCCCUUACUGCAGCCCCUGCCACCCAGCAGAGCCAGCGAAGAGCUGCACAAAGUCGAGUUUGUGCUGCCGGAAGACACGACGGAAUAUUUUGUCCGAACCAAAGCCGGUGGUGUCUGCUUUAAACCGGGUACCAAGGUGUUGGAGAAGCCACCAGUGGGAGGGCGGCCGGAGGAGCGCGCAGAUGGUGCGGCUUCAGGGCGUCCUGCUCGCAAACCGCUGAGCGCAGGUGGGACCAAGCGGCGCAAGUGGGUGGAGUGUGUGUGCUUGCCGGGCUGGCACGGCCCCAGCUGUGGCGUUCCUACCGUGGUCCAGUACUCCAACCUGCCCACCAAGGACCGCCUGGUGCCACGGGAGAUCCCCCGGCGGGUCAUCAACGCUAUCAACAUCAACCAUGAGUUUGACCUGCUGGAUGUCCGCUUCCACGAGCUGGGAGAUGUGGUGGAUGUCUUUGUGGUGUGUGAAUCGAACUUCACGGCCUACGGAGAGCCACGGCCCCUCAAGUUCCGCGAGAUGCUCCUCAACGGCUCCUAUGAGUACAUCCGCCACAAAGUGCUCUAUGUCUUCCUGGACCACUUCCCUGCUGGUGGGCGCCAGGAUGGCUGGAUCGCUGACGAUUACCUGCGCACCUUCCUCACCCGAGAUGGCGUCUCUCGCCUCCGCAACCUGCGCCCGGAUGAUGUCUUCAUCAUCGAUGAUGCUGAUGAGAUCCCGGCUCGUGACGGCGUGCUCUUCCUCAAGCUCUACGACGGCUGGACGGAACCCUUCGCCUUUCACAUGCGCAAGUCUCUCUACGGCUUCUUCUGGAAGCAACCGGGCACCUUGGAGGUGGUUUCAGGCUGCACUAUGGGGAUGCUCCAGGCUGUCUAUGCUACUGAUGGGAUCCGUCUGCGGCGCCGUGAAUACUACACCAUGCCUGGUUUCCGGCAGUAUGAGAACAGCACGGGACACAUCCUGGUGCAGUGGUCGCUGGGUAGCCCCCUCCACUUUGCUGGCUGGCACUGCUCCUGGUGUUUCACCCCAGAGGGGAUCUACUUCAAACUGGUAUCGGCCCAGAAUGGGGACUUCCCCCGUUGGGGUGACUACGAGGAUAAACGAGACCUCAAUUACAUCCGGGAGCUGAUCCGGACUGGUGGCUGGUUUGAUGGUACGACGCAGGAGUAUCCCCCUGCUGACCCUAAGGAGCACAUGUAUGCUCCCAAGUAUCUGCUCAAGAACUACCAGCAGUUCCAUUACUUGCUGGAGAACCCAUACCGAAAAGCGGAGGGUACUGGUUGAGAUCGCUGGACUGCUGUGGGAAAACAGAACUUCACGACAAAGGGAAAGAGUUGUGUGUUUGUCUGUUCCUUUCUUUUUUGUUUUCUUUG